AUGACAACAGUGGCAGCGGCAGUAAGAGUAAUCACUAUCUGGACCAACUUAAUAUCGGGAUUGGGUGUGGUGAUUGGAUGUGCCAUGCAUAUCAGACAGGUAGUUAAUCCACGCCACUAUGAAGUGAAUUCCACCGAGGAAGUUACUCAAGGUCCGCUGUGUAUGAUCGUGUUGUGUAGCAUUGCCCUUCGUCUUGCCAUUGACAUGUACCAAAUCACUGAGGGUGUGCAGUUCAUCGACUAUCUCAGUGAUGCCACUUCCAAUCCAUUCUUUGAUUUCGCCAAGGAUCUCUUCUCCCAAAUGAUUCCGAUCAUCCUCCACCUCUACAGUACAUACUUUAACUCGUUGUACAAGAAGAACGACGAUGUCGAAAGAGCAACCAAAACCGAAAUAGUGGAGAUCAACAACCAGAUGGUGAAGCUUGCACUACGUCCCGGAAUCAUCGGACUUCACUUUGCAUCGUGUGGCUACGUCAUUGCCACGACAAGCAAUACACUCCCAUUAUCGAUUUUAGUUGCUAGAGUCGGUGCCUUUUGGAUAUUCAUCGACUACUGUCUAUUGUUGACGACAAUCUCCUCACCGAUUCUACAGAUUGUUUACCGCUACUUCCAUAGCAAUGUUUCAUCUCACGCCAUCCACAAGAUUCAUUUUCACCGAACCAUGGCUAUCAACCUGAUGUUUGCCAUCGUGGUGCAUGUAACCGGUCACAUUGUAACUUGGAGUAUGAAUCCAAACUUUAGAACGGAGGAAGACAAUGUUCUGGUCUACACCUACAACAUCCCGAUUGUGACUGGAUUCGCCAUGCUUCUAACCAUUGGCUUAACUCUGCUCUCCGGAUUCCUCUACCAAGGAAGAUGGUUCUAUGUUCACAUUCCACUUGCGCUGAUCACAACGAUGUUCUUCUACAUCCAUGGUUACCAACGAUUGCUUGGUCCUCCAGUUGGCGAUCGAAUGGUAAUGAUGUUCUCCGUGCUGUUCGGUGUGAUAGCAAUUACACAUGCUGACACCACCGCAGUUAAGAUUCCUGCAAUGGAGACAACACAAUUCUUGCUACUCGAGUCUGACUUGGAGGGAUUCUCAAUUGUUGAUCCAGGAUGCUACUACACCCUCUACCUGAAAGGAACUUAUCUCUCUCAUGGCCACCAGUUUUCCGCUUUCGUAUGGCCGUGGUCAGAUUACGAAGAUGCCAACACAUGCAUUGCAUGCAACCACAAAGCGAAAAAACUGAGAUUUAUUAUCAGGACGAAAGGUGGAUUCACUCAGAGUCUGUCUGGUUUAUUUGAAGAUAAAAACAGUAAUAUCCAACUGGCAAUGCACGGACCAUAUCUAUCGACCGGUAACUCUGCUCUUCGCUUGCUGGAAACCAUGAGAAUCGAGGAGAAUGAAUUUCCUAUUCUCGCACUCUAUGCAAAUGGUGUUGGUAUCACUGUGUCGCUGUCGUUGCUGCAACACCUAUUGUCACCAUCCAACAGACUCAUUGAUCGCGUGGAUUCGAUUCGAUUCUACUGGUCUACACCAUCGAAAGAACUCUGUGAGAAAGUUCAAAAACUUCUCUACGAUGCAUACAACGUUGAUCAACUACGUGAUCGUUUCAGAAAGAUAAAAUUCUAUAUUGCUCGAAUUGGCAAAACAGAAUUGAAUACCGAAGCCAAUAGAAAUGCCAAUAGAAAUGCUGAUCCACCAGUUGCUCUAUUCCAACCGGUGGCUCCAGAGGGUAUCGAUAUUGAUUUGGUACCGAAAGAAUUUAAAGAAAGACCAAAAAACGAUGAUAAAACAAAAGCCAAUGACCGCUACAUAAAAGCCAAGAAUGCUUACGAUAAUGUUAUCAAGAAUGAAGUGUUUGGUGGUGAAUGGGGUACUAGACUAUCGGUACUGACUUGUGGUGGUAAGAUUAGAUGGAAUCUCUUCUUUACUGGCAUGUCUUUAUCGAAUAACACCUAUAGGAAAAUGAUGGUGUAA